GAGAAAGGCAAUACCUCUCUUAUUUCUAUGCUCUUGUAGGGCUCCCGGGGAGACUCAUAGUGAACUUCGAUCGGGACGAAGAUUUAGUGCCAAUUGAUCGCCGGGAAGCAUGAGUAGCAUCGGUACAGGUUAUGAUCUUUCAGUCACUACUUUCUCGCCCGAUGGCCGAGUUUUCCAGAUCGAGUAUGCCGCCAAAGCUGUCGACAACAGCGGGACUGUUGUUGGUAUCAAAUGCAAGGACGGAAUUGUGAUGGGGGUCGAGAAACUUAUUCCAUCCAAGAUGAUGCUGCCUGGUUCCAAUAGAAGAAUACACUCUGUUCAUCGCCACUCGGGCAUGGCGGUGGCAGGAUUAGCAGCUGAUGGGAGGCAAAUUGUUGCCAGGGCUAAGUCAGAGGCAACUAACUAUGAAAGUGUUUAUGGUGAGCAAAUUCCCGUCAAGGAACUUGCGGAACGUGUGGCUAGUUAUGUGCACCUUUGUACGCUAUACUGGUGGCUCAGACCUUUUGGAUGUGGUGUCAUACUAGGUGGUUAUGACAGAGAUGGACCACAAUUGCACGUGAUCGAACCAUCUGGUGUUUCCUAUAGGUAUUUUGGUGCAGCAAUUGGGAAGGGCAGGCAGGCUGCUAAAACAGAGAUUGAGAAGUUGAAGCUUUCUGAAAUGAGUUGCCGCCAGGGGGUUGUUGAGGUAGCCAAGAUUAUUUACGGAGUUCAUGAUGAGGCCAAGGAUAAAGACUUUGAACUUGAAAUGAGCUGGGUAUGUGAUGAAUCAAACCGCCAACAUGUGAAGGUCCCAGAUGAUCUUUUGGAAGAAGCGAAGGCGGCAGCCAAGGCAGCUCUUGAAGAAAUGGAUGCAGAUUAGGCAAGUGAACAAUAUUUUUUUAUGUUUGGGUCUGUAUGUCAUGUUCUGUAAUCGAGCAUUUGGAACAUUAAUCAGGCUUCAUCUUCGGAUAGUUUCAUCUCCCUGGCUACUCAUCCUACUGUAACAUGAUGUGAUUUACUUCCAUUUAAUUUGUACAAACUUGAAACUUUCAGCAAAUAUCACCGUCCAACUUUUUCUCGGCAAAAAGUAGCGACAUUUGGGUAUCA